AACUCGCUACGACUACUAUUGAUCCGACUUGUAUACUUCUAGCUGGCGACGAAUCACAACCCAGCUUCUACGUCUUACAUCCAUAUUGCAGGGGAUCCUGACAACAAUGCCAUAUCUCGGCUCCACAACAUCAUUACCACCUUUGCAAAGCAAAUGCCCUGAUAAUGCAUUCAAGAAUCUCGUCCUAGACCUCAGCGCAGCGUUGGGUCCGAGCUCGGGCCUGGAUUCUGACGAUGUCAAUCUCCUCGACAUCCAGCGCCUGAUGGAGCAAUAUGUCUCCAACCCGCAGGAAUGGCGCCCUUUUGCCCUGGGCGAUAACAGCAGAGGAUAUACAAGGAACCUUAUUGAUCAGGGGAACGGUAAAAGUAAUCUGCUAAUAUUGGUCUGGAGCCCUGGCAAAGGGAGCGCAAUACAUGAUCAUGCCAAGGCACAUUGUGUCAUGAAGAUCCUCAAAGGCUCUCUCCAAGAGACUCUAUAUACAUGGCCUGAUCAAGAUAGACUCCAAAACGGGCAGACCUCCUCCCCGCAAAUCAUCAAGGAAACCACCUACACCGAAAACCAGGUGACCUACAUGUCUGACAAGCUGGGCCUCCAUAAGAUAUCGAACCCAGACCCUCAUAACCCCGCCGUCUCGUUACACCUCUAUACCCCACCAAAUGCUGCAACGUAUGGGUUCUGCGUGUUCGACGAAAAGACUGGGAAAGCAAGCCGCGUGAAGCAAUCCCAUUUCUACUCUAUCAGAGGAGAACGGUGCUAGUCCACUUGCUCAGCACGUACAAGCUACCUUUGCAUUUGUCUUUCCUGCCUGGAAUGUGACUCGAGUGUGCUUCCCAAAAUAUCCCAUAUUAGCCUUACGUCUAGUUAUACUGGCUAAUGAAUUUUGAGAUGAUUUGCAUGAAGCAGAGACUUCUUUCUCCUCCCUUCUCAUAUUCCUGCUUAGAAUUAAGCGCAGGAUCACAAGAGUCCAUAAUAGACAACCUCAGGCGCAAUUACAUGAAC